ACGUCAUUAUAACCUCGAGUUACAGUUCAAGGACUCAGGACUCUCCCGUAUAAAAGCACCGGCAUCACUGCUGCAAGACACACUCACUCAGCUGUGGCCACAGCUAACCAACGUUCAGUCAUGAAGCUCUUGGUGUUUGUGAUCCUGGCGGCUGCCGCUUGCGCUUCUGUGAUUGAGAAGCGAGAUGCGGAGCCCAGUUACGGGACGAGCAAUUACGGUAGUGCUUACCCACCAUACAGUCACCGUUACCACAAUGGAAAGAGGUCUGCCGAGCCAGAGCCUGAACCGUCAUCCCCAAUUUACUCUUACGACUCACGACUUGGUUAUGGCCGAAAUUACAACAAGAGGUCUGCCGAACCAAAGCCUGAACCAUCGUAUCCUGUCUACUACGCUUCUCGUCCCGUUUAUAUCCGCCAUUUCUACAAGAGAUCUGCCGAACCAGAGCCUGAACCGUCGUAUCCUGUCUACUACGCUCCCCGUCACGGUUAUGGCCCCCAUUUCUACAAGAGGUCUGCAGAUCCUGAACCAUCCUACUCAGUCCUCUCCUAUUACGGUUACCGGCCACUCAACGCUUAUAGCCACCACCUUUACUAGACUUCUGCUAAUCCAAAUGACACCAUCUAUACCUACAUUUAGGCCUACGAGACACCAAACCAUCUCAACAAUAAUUUUUCAGAAUAUGAUGCCUACAUUACAAACAAUUGCAAAGAUCCCAUUCAUCGCCAGGAUUACUAACACUAUGAUAUCCAUGAGCUGAAUUAUAAAUUUAAUUAUACAACAAGAUCAGUGUUGCUCUGACGAUUGUUAUGUUCUACAACAAAGAAAUAUAUCUAUAUAAUGAC